AUGCCUCGAGGCGUGAAGAAGGAGGGGACCCUGCUGGAUGAGGACUACAUUCCCGACGCGUCUGAAAAGUCAAGAGGCAAGAGGGCGAAGGAGGGGAAUGGAACCGGUGGAGGCGAGGGCGCCACUGUCCUAGCAGGAACCGAGCAUAUUGAGGUCAAGACAAAGUUUCCCGUCGCGAGGAUAAAGAGAAUCAUGCAGGCGGACGACGAUGUGGGCAAGGUUGCACAAGUAACUCCAGUUGUUGUUUCCAAAGCCCUCGAGCUGUUCAUGAUCUCCCUGGUGACCAAAGCUGCCGCCGAAGCCAAGGCCCGCGCGUCAAAACGCGUCGCCGCUAUGCAUCUUAAGCAGGCCGUUACCAAUGACGAACAAUUCGAUUUCCUCUCUGAGAUCGUGUCCAAGGUCCCUGACGCGCCGAAUGUAGCAGAGAAGAACGAGGGCGAUGCUAUGGAAAUGGAUGGCAAGAAGAAGAAGGCCGCUGGCCGGAAGAAAAAGAAGGUGGAGGACGACGACUAUUGA